GGGGCGGGGCCAGAGUGUUGGCUGGGAAAAUCCGAAGCCGGGUUGAGGGGCGACAGCUUCUUGACGCGAGCGUGCGGGCGGGGCCGGAAAGUUUGGCUUUGCCCGGGGUGGGCCGGUGGCGUUCCGACCGGCUGGAGAAGGGAGCUUUUUCCCUGGAAAGCCGCAGGUGGGCCAGAAAGUUUUGACCGUGUAGAGGCGGGUACAGUAUUCUCUAGGGAAGUCGCAUCAGGCCCAGGAAGCCUCGCCAGAACUCCCAGUGGCAUUUUCUGCAGAGGAAGUUUGCUGGGACCCUGGCUCCACUCAACCAGCAGAAUGUCAGCCACACUGGAUCUGAAAUCGAAGGAGGAGAAGGAUGCUGAGCUGGACAAGAGGAUCGAGGCUCUUCGGCGGAAGAAUGAGGCCCUCAUCCGGCGCUACCAGGAGAUCGAGGAGGACCGUAAAAAAGCUGAACUCGAGGGAGUAGCGGUGACAGCGCCGCGGAAGGGCCGCUUGGUGGAGAAGGAGAAUGUGGCAGUGGGAACGGAGAAGACCCUGGGUCCCUCCCGGAGGUCUCCUGGGACCCCUCGGCCCCCCGGGGCCAGCAAGGGAGGCCGGAUCCCCCCACAGCAGGGAGGCCGCGCAGGCAUGUGCCGGGCCUCCCACAGCUGGGAAGACAGUCCUGGGGAGCAGCUUCGAGGAGGAGCUGGGGGCCGAGGCCGGAGGGGUCGGGGCAGGGGAUCCCCGCGUCUCGCUGGAGCUGGAGAUGCCUCGACUGCCGACCGCAAAUCCAAGGAGUGGGAGGAGCGGCGCAGGCAGAAUAUCGAGAAGAUGAACGAGGAGAUGGAGAAGAUUGCCCAGUACGAGCGCAACCAGCGGGAAGGCGUGCUGGAGCCCAACCCGGUGCGGAACUUUCUGGACGACCCCCGGCGUCGCAGCGGGCCGCUGGAGGAGCCUGAGCGGGACCGCCGGGAAGGCAGCCGCCGGCACGGGCGCAACUGGGGGGGCUCCGACUUUGAGCGGGUGCGCUGCGGCCUCGAGCAGGAGCGGCAGGGCCGCCGGGCAGGCCUGGGCAGUGCCGGGGACAUGACGCUCUCCAUGACCGGCCGAGAGCGGUCGGAGUACCUGCGCUGGAAGCAGGAGCGGGAGAAGAUUGACCAGGAGCGGCUGCAGAGGCACCGCAAGCCCACUGGCCAGUGGCGGCGGGAGUGGGACGCUGAGAAGACCGAUGGCAUGUUUAAGGAUGGCCCAGCUGCUGCCCCCGAACCAUCGCACCGCUAUGACGACCAGGCUUGGGCCCGGCCCCCCAAGCCCCCCACUUUCAGGGAGUUCCUGUCCCAGCACAAAGCUGAGGUCAGCCGCAGAAGGAGGAAGAGUGGUCGACCCCAGGCCAAGGCAGUGCCCCGGGCCUACAGUGACCAUGAUGACCGCUGGGAGUCGAAGGAGGCCAUGUCCCCGGCCCCUGAGCCCCCACAGCCCAUGGGCCCCGAGGAGCCGCCCACACAGCUGCCUGAGACCCCGGCCCCUGCCCAUCAGCCUCCCGAGGACGAGGGCGAGGAGUACGAGGGGGAGGAGGGGGAGGGCGAGGAAGAGGAGUGGGAAGACAUGAGCGAGGAGGAGAUCGAGGAAGAAGAAGAGGCGGAGGCGGAGGAGGAGGAGGAGGAGGAGGAGGAGCCCGCGCCCCCGGGAGACCACCAGCCCCACAAGGCCGAGCCCAGCGGGAGCCCCGCCCGGGAACACGCUGACCAAGAGCCUGCCAGGCCUGAGGAGCCCCUGCCGCCUCCCCAAGCCCCUGCCACACCUUCCAGCCCUUUCUCGCCCUCUGGGGGCCACCAGCCUGUGUCGGACUGGGGUGAAGAGAUGGAGCUGAAUUCUCCCCGGACCCCCCACCCGGCAGAUGCCCUCUCUCCGGGAGGUGACCCGCCAGCCUCUGCUUCCUUGGAGAGUGGGCCCAGCCUCCCAGGAGCCCAGAAAGCUGAAGAGGAGGGGUCUGAGGCAGCUCCAGAGGCGGGCCGCGAGGGCCAGGAGACAGCGAUCAGCGACUUCCAGAGGGCCUCCCCGAAUUCCUGAAGACGCUGCUGGGAGGGGACUGAAGCUUCCCCUCCUUGACGGGGAGGGGGCGGCAGAAGGGGAUUAGUCUGGUUCUCCAGGCAGUGCUCCCUCCUCCCUGGAGCCCACUCUGGACCUCAUGGCUUUAGAGAGACAGCAGUUGACGGUGGUGGGGGAGGAGCUGGGGAAGGGGCGUGACUGGGGUGUGGGGCGGAGCUGGAACUUCGGGGUUUGAGCUUAGACCUCAGGACACAAGUAUGGAGAGGGCAGGUCCGUGGGGGGCGUGGUCAGGGCGCCUGGGCGGGGCGGAACCACCGGAGCAGGUUUAGAUUGGGAAUCCUUGAUGCAGGUGUAGGGCGCCUCCCGGGCCAGGGGGGCGUGGUUUAGGAUGCGCAGUUCAAACCAGUGGAGUGGAAAGAGGCGAAGCCUGGGCUGGAGAUGGGUGAGGGUAGGGGGAGAAGAGGGUGAUCAGAUCGAGUGCUGAAGUCCAGUUUGAUUUGGAGAAAGGCAAGUUAAAACUGGGGCGGAACUGCGGCUAAGGAGGGGCGGGACUUAUAAGCCCUGAGCUUGGCAAGGGGUUGGUGGAACUAGACGCCUGGAAGAAGUCUGAGUUCCGAAAGGGGACGGGUUUAGGGCGCGGGGAGAAGGACAAAAAGAGAGUGGAGCUAAGCGCCGGGCCGGGUAAAACACCGACGCCUGGCGGGAGUCGACUGGGCUUGUAUUUGAGAAAAAUCGAGAUAAUGCAUGCCUGCGGCGGGUCCAGAGCCAAGGAGGGCGGGGUCAGAAGGCUGUAGUUAAGCCUUGGUUUGAUAAUGGUUGGCCGGAGGCCGGGGAGGGGGAGUGCC